AUGGGUGACCCAAAUCCUGCGAGUAAUAUUCGAAGAUGUGUUGUUCGGAGAAUGCCUCGGGUUCUACUUGGUGCUUGCGGAAAUUCCUCAUCUAGUAUACCUUUUAUUAAUGCUACAGAAAUUCCUCAUCUAGUUGCUAAUGGUGAUCGAACUUCUGCUCAUCAGUAUCUGGAAUGGGCUGAUGUCAUGGUCAUUGCUCCAUUGUCUGCAAAUACCCUUGCUAAGAUUGCGCGAGGGUUAUCUGAUAAUAUAUUGACAGAAAUUGUGCGACGUUGGAACCCUAACAAGCCGAUUUACGUUGCACCUUCCGUGGACGUUAUUACGUGGAAUAAUCCUUCCACAGAACAACACCGCAAAAUAUGCGUUGAUCAACUUGGCAUUAAUAUCAUCGAACCCUCUAAAAUGGGUGAAAUGGCUGAACCUUCUGAAAUUUCUUACACUGUCAAGAUCUCUAAUGAUGAGAUUUGGGACUAUGUUUAUUGUUAG